AAAAGCUCGAAUUUUACACCGGGUUAAAGAUACUGUACUUUUUAUUCCCGCUGCUACCGGACGGCCCGACCACAGGCUCCCGACUAAAAACCGCCACCAUCCAGCUGACCUUUGGGAAUCACAUAUAUAUGAGCAAAAAAACAUGACGUCCUCAAGGCCAGCUAUCUCUGAAAUAUUCUCAUUAUAUCUCGAUGCCGAGCAUUUUUUCUUUGCUGUUGAUGGUCUUUGGAAGCGGAGUCGCACUAGUUCACGCACUGAUUAACCCAAUACUCCCGGGCUUCAAUCCAGAUCCUUCUAUACUGAGCGUAGGAUCGAAUUACUUUAUUGCUACGUCCACGUUCGAGUACUUUCCUGGAGUCCCCGUCUAUCACAGCACGAAUCUCGUAGAUUGGGAUCUCAUUGGGCAUGGAUUGACCCGACCAUUACAGCUGUCGCUUCUGGGAACUCCAUCAGAUGCUGGCGUUUGGGCACCAACUCUGAGAUUCCACGAGGGGGUAUAUUAUCUCGUGUGCACGACCAGAUAUGUCUAUACUCCGGAAUUCAGGCUCUUCCCUCGAAGCUUCUACGUUUCCACAGAAGACAUAUUUUCAGGCGAAUGGAGUGAUCCGGUUUACUUCGACUUUCUUGGAUAUGACGCAGAUCUGUUCUGGGAUACCAACGGCGAUGUAUACGCUACAUGGACUGGAAUAAAUAACGCCGUGGACAAAAUCUACGGCAUCUACCAGAGUAAAAUUGAUCUCGUUACAGGAGAUUCUCUCACUUGUGAUAAACAUAUUUUCAAUGGCACUCUUCCCAACAAUUCGACGUCUAGGCCUGAAGGUCCGCAUGUAUAUUUGGUCAACGGUACCUACUACCUAAUGAUCACAGAAGGCGGUACGGGCGUUAAUCAUCAAGCUACUAUUCAGCGUGGUCCAUCCCCGUCAGGGCCUUGGGAAAACAAUCCCAGCAACCCGAUCAUUUACAAUGGCGCAAACCUUUCGCUACCCGUGCAGUCUACUGGCCAUGCCGAUUUCAUGCAAGCAGCGGACGGAAGUUGGUGGGGUACCUGCCUGGGAACUGUACCGCAGAACGGGAACUUUAGCUACCAGCAACUAGGACGCCAGACCUUCUUGUUCCCUGUGACAUGGGAAGAUGGUUGGCCUGUAUUCAACGGAGGCCGGCCCCUGAGCUUGCAUAUGGACGGUAUUCUGGAAGACAAGUCCCCGCUCUCUUCAUACACUAACGGCUUCACCUCGGCAACUCUCGAUAAUUCAUUCUAUUUCGUCCGAAAUCCAUACAAGGCGUUUCACUCACUCACUGCCCGCCCAGGACACCUCAGGCUGAAAGCGAACGGCUACGCACUUGGAGACAGAGACAGCGCGGCCAUCAUAAUACGCAAACAAACCGCAUAUGAGGAGACGUUUGAGACGGUCCUCGAGUUUUCCCCUGCUACUAAUUUGACGGAGGCCGGACUGAGUGUCUUCUAUGGCGACAUGAUGCACAACGAUAUUGGAAUCACUGGUGAUGCCGGGGGGUCUGGGAAGAGGUAUAUUGUAACGCGGACGCUGGUGCCUGCGCAACAAGUAGGGCCAUGGGGAUUGACGUUUGCCAAUAAUACGGCCACCACAACGAAUUACUACGAGCUUAAGACGACUGACCAGCCAGUACGGUUGAAGGUUAUAGCGAAGUCUACGGAGUAUACAUUGGGUUAUGCAGAAGGCCAACAGGGACAUUUCGAGUAUCUCACGACGUUCAGUAGUGUGUAUAUGACUGUUCCGCCGACAGGUGGUUUCUUCUUUAAAGGAGCGUCUUUCGCACUUUAUAACACAGGUCAUGGAAGGUCUAGUUCAACACCCGCAGAUUUUGGGUACUGGAAACAAAUACCUUCAAAUUAACGUUGCUGUAGUAGUGAGUAGUCGCAUCAAAAUGCUAUCCCUAUCAUGACCAUCCAAAUUUUUUCUCAUCGUUGUCGUCUGCCGUAUCAUUAUAUACCAUCAAAAGGG